GUCGUGGACUAUGCUGUUGGCAAUCGUGUGAUAUCUCCGUUCCCGAGAGACGAAUCAGUCGUUGCAACGGGGCAAAAUCUGUUCAUGGCGAUAGAGUGCCACUACAUAAAGCGAACCUGUGCGCAUUGCAUGCACGCACGACGGAUUGUGUGCAAGGAAGAAAAUCACGUGGUGCCUGAUGGGGCAAGACGCGAUGGAGCACUGCGGUCGUGACGAUUUCACACGGUUUCGCGCGCGCGUGGAGAAACUGUUUGCCAGCGAACGACGAUCUCUCGCGACGCUUGGGCUUUCCAACCGACGUCGUUUGGAAACGAGGGUCGACGAAGAUGGCGGACGAUCAAGAGCACCAGGACUUGGUCGAUGACGUGGAUGCCACCCCUCGCGAACCAUCGGACAACAACAUUCGCAUCUUCCUCCGCGUGAAGCCAUCAAAACGGGUGUCUGGGUUCUUUACAUGGGAGGAGGAGCAAGGCGCGUUGGAGUACAACAUCCCAAAGGACGUGGCGGCGGGGCUGAUCAACAACUCUCGGACCCAGUACAAGUUCAAGUUUGACGCGUUGAUUGGGAUGGAAGCAAAGCAAGAGGAAGUUUUCGAUCGCGUCGGCCGUCCUUGUGUUCAAAAUGCGUUGGACGGAUUCAACUCGACGAUCUUUGCCUACGGGCAAACGGGGUCUGGGAAAACAUUUACGAUCACGGGGGGCGCCGAGCGAUACGAAGAUCGCGGGAUCAUUCCCCGCAGCUUGAGCAUGAUCUUUGACGAAAUGAAACAGCACCCCGACCGCCAAACGACGGCGUACAUUUCGUACUUGGAAAUUUACAACAACCAAGGCUACGACCUGCUCAACGAAGACCACCAAAACACCAAAGACAUCGACGACCUGCCAAAGGUAUCGAUGCUCGAGGACGAAGACGGCAACUGCCACCUGCGCAACCUGUCGAUGCACCGCGUCGCGUCGGAAGAAGAGGCGCUGAAUUUGCUCUUCCUCGGUGACACAAAUCGCGCCGUCAGUGAAACCUCGAUGAACUUGGCUUCGUCGCGAUCGCAUUGCAUUUUCACCGUGUCGCUCGAGUCGCGGCGGGGCGGCGGCAGCGAAGUCAUCCUGCGAUCCAAGUUGCACAUGGUCGAUCUCGCCGGAUCCGAGCGCGCGCACAAAACGGGCGCCAAAGGCAAGGUGCUCCGCGAAGCCACAUACAUCAACACGUCCCUCCACUACUUGGAAAUGGUCAUCGUCGCGCUCCAUGAAAAGAAUACCAAGGGGCGGACGCACAUUCCGUACCGCAACUCCAUGAUGACAUCCGUCCUUCGCGACAGCCUCGGCGGCAACUGCAAGACGGUCAUGGUGGCGACGGCCAGCGCCGAGAAGGAGCAGACCGAUGAGUCGCUGUCCACGUGCCGCUUCGCCCAACGCGUGGCCCGAGUCCGCAACGACGCCCAUCUGAACGAAGAAGUCGAUCCUGUGAUCGUGAUCCGCCAGCUCAAGGCUCAAAUCGUGGCCCUCCAGGAAGAGCUAACUGUGCUGAAGGGCGAAGCGAAAGAAGGCGACGAGCUCAAAGAGUACGAGCAGGACAAGCUUCGUCAAAAGGUCGUUGAUUUCGUCCACAACACCGACCCGAAUGCGCAUUUGAAUAUGGGCGAAAUCACGUACACCAAGAUGCGGCUCUGCUUUUCAUUUCUCAAGGCGAUGGCCCAGCCGGGAGCGAAUGGCAGCACGAGCGCGGAGAACGCCAAGAACAACCAAACGGGCCACUCAAACCAAGACGGUUCAUAUGGAGCGCCCGAUUCCGAGGUAAAUCGCUGCUUUUUCUUCGAUUCGUGUGAUCAUUGUGGCAACUCAUUGUGUGGCUGGGACAGCUCCAUGGGCGGCUCAUGGAGCUGGAGCAUACCAUUCAACAGCGCGACAACGAGAUCGCCAUUCUUGUCAACAUGCUCAAAAAGGGCAACCACCACGCGGCGUUGGCGCAGGUCGCUGCGAGUGCGGCGCCGAAAACGCCGCCGUCGAUACCGAAACCAGUCUUGAUCGGCGGCUUCGACAUCAAGAUCGACAAUGCGGCCCUGGACAAUCCCACCAAAGCGUUCGAGGUGUUUCGAGACCAGUACCCAAAGAACGACGCGAUUCGAGAAAACAAGGCGCUGCUCAAGAAAAAGUACGACCAAGCCAAGGCGCUUGCGGCCGCCGUGAACGACGCGCGCAAUGCGAUCAAGGACUGCACGGCCAAAAUGGAAAAGCUUCGCAAAGACAAGGCCGUCGCGAGCGUCACGGGAGCGGACGGUGUCGUCGACCCCGCGCCAUCCGACGACGAGAAAGCCCUCGCCGUCGCAAUCGACGCCAAGAAACAAGAGUACAAAGUCGGCUUCAACCACCUGAACGACCUCAAGAAGGAGAUCCAGCACAUUCAAAAGAUGCUCGAAAUGGGCCGCCUCAAGCUCCAAAAGGAUUUUGACGGGUGGUACCAAGCCCACGGACGUGGGCACUUGAUCGCGGAAACCCUCGUCAACGGCGCCGACAAACCGGAAGCGCCGCCCGCGAAACCACCGGCGCCCAAGGCCGCGUGGCCCCCGGCGUCCUCUGCCACAUCUCCGAAUCAAACAAAGGACCCCCCGUGCACCCCUCGGCAACAGGACAUCCCUAAGACUGGCGACGCAGCGGUCGACAAGGACGUGUCGGGGUUCUACGAGGCACUCGAUAUCCUCAAACGCCGCAACAGUCGCAAGUUGUGACAGCACAAAAACCACGAUUGUGCUGGUGGCUGGUCGACGUUGGGCGGCAUGGAGUGGAAUCGACUGUGUUUUCCUCGAACGAGUGCAGCAAGCGCCUAGACUCGGUGGACCAGCCACGUCAUCGGCAGACGCUGCCUUGAAGGACUGCACGACCGGUGCCAGCAUGUCUUGGAUAAUGUUAAAAACUUGUUUAGUUGCUGAUAUUCCAUGAAAACGACGACGCUGGACGGACCUGCUUGAUGAGCGGAUGGUCCAACUUGGCAUGGCAUCGCUCGCACAACACGACCGACGGGCACAUGGUGCAUCGGUACAAGAUGC